AUGGGUAAUCCUUUUUCACAAUCUUCAUCUGCCUAGAGACCUUUAUUAGUUAUGAUAGGAUUAGAUGCUGCAGGAAAAACAACUAUAUUAAACAGAUUCAAAUUAGGAAAAAUGGAAUAUUAAAUUCCAACCAUAGGAUAUAAUUUAGAAAAAAUUUAAAGUAAAAAGUUUAAUAUAAUUUCUUGGGAUAUUGGAGGAGCAGAUAAAAUAAGAAUUCUUUGGAUAAAUUAUUUGUAGAACAAUCAAGGAAUAAUUUAUGUUGUUGAUUGUUUUGAUAAAGAAAGAAUGGGCUAGGCAAAGUUUGAAUUACAUAAAAUUUUGCUUGAAAUUGUUGAAUAACCCCUUUUAAUAUAUGCUAAUAAGUAAGACUUAGUAAAAAUGAACCCAGAAGAACUAGCUGUUGAAUUAGCUAUAUAAAAUUAUUCUAAACAUUGGCUUAUAUAACCAUGUUGCUCACUCACUGGUGAAGGACUUUAAGAAGGGCUGAAUUGGAUUGAAGAAUAGCUAUAACUAUAGCUAAAAUGA